AAGUUCAUCUACGCCAAGGAUCGCACCGACCGUAUCCGUACCUGUGCUAUCCUCUGCCACAUAUAUCACCAUGCUCUGCACUCACGCUGGUACCAGGCACGUGACCUGAUGCUGAUGAGUCACCUGCAGGACAACAUCCAACACGCUGACCCACCUGUACAGAUCCUGUACAACAGAACAAUGGUCCAACUUGGCAUUUGUGCAUUUAGGCAGGGCAUGAUUAAAGAUGCCCACAAUGCACUGCUGGACAUUCAGUCCUCUGGCCGUGCCAAGGAGCUGCUGGGUCAAGGUCUGCUCAUGAGGAACAUGCAGGAGAGGAAUGCAGAGCAGGAGAAGAUUGAAAAGCGAAGACAAGUGCCGUUCCACAUGCACAUCAACCUGGAGCUGCUGGAGUGUGUGUACCUGGUGUCAGCCAUGCUGCUGGAAAUACCCUACAUGGCCGCCCAUGAGUUUGAUGCCCGCCGCCGGAUGAUCAGCAAGCAGUUCCACCACCAGCUCAGGGUCGGGGAGAGACAGCCCCUGCUAGGACCCCCAGAGAGCAUGAGGGAGCACGUGGUGGCAGCCAGCAAAGCCAUGAAGAUGGGAGACUGGCGUACCUGCCACUCUUUCAUCAUCAAUGAGAAGAUGAACAGUAAGGUUUGGGACCUGUUCCCUGAGGUCCAGAGAGUACGCGAGAUGCUCGUCAGGAAAAUCCAAGAAGAGUCACUGAGGACCUAUCUGUUCACCUACAGCAGUGUAUACGACUCCAUCAGCAUGGCUACGCUGUCUGAGAUGUUUGAAUUGGAGAUGCCCACAGUCCACAGCAUAAUCAGCAAGAUGAUCAUCAACGAGGAGCUGAUGGUAGGACUCGACGUUUCU